CCAUAGACAUAAAUAUCAACCGAUUUAGCAUUCAUAUCACGUGACAUACGGGAUUCGCGUGACGUGUUUGUGAAUCAUCGCGCAGCGUUAUUCUCUCACAGAAUGUUUCACGUCGUCUUCUUCAUCUCUCUCUUGACGUUAUCCAACUCAUUCUACCUCCCCGGUAUGGCUCCAACGCAGUACUGCACGAAAACAGACCGCGAGACGGCACAUCUGGAUGAGAAAUCCUGUCCAACCAAUAUCUCUCUCUACGUCAACGCGCUGAAUUCCGACGAGUCUGUGCUGGCAUACGAAUACAGAAAGUUCGAUUUCUGUCAAUACAACGGAUCGAAAUCGAGUCCAACCGAAAACCUUGGACAAGUUAUGUUUGGAGAGAGAAUAAGACCGUCACCAUACGUUCUGAAAUUUAGGGAAACUGUUCGGUGCCGGGAGGUUUGUCUCAAGACGUACAAGAACAAUGGUGACAGCAAGAAAAAGCUCAAUUUCUUACAACGAGGAGCCAUGCUAGAUUAUCGUCAGCACUGGAUUAUUGAUAACAUGCCUGUCACAUGGUGCUAUGAAGUAGAAGGGGAACAGAAGCCGUACUGCGCUACCGGCUUUCCAAUGGGAUGUUACGUUGACAAGAAUCAGAAUCAGAAUGGAGCAUGUGUUGCCUAUGCAAAUUUGGUUGAAAAGGAUACUCACUACGUAUUCAACCACGUCACCAUUGUCAUCACAUAUCACAACGGCUCAAUUAGUGGCUACUCGGGCAAUCGACUUCUCAGUGCAAAAAUUUUUCCAGAAAGUAUUGGACAUGCUAAGACCGGUCCUCUUACUUGUCUGCCUGACAAGGAGGGUUCAUUGCUGGAUCCUCAGAAGUUGAAGCUUGAUGGUGGGGAGUUGACCAUUCGAUACUCAUAUUCCGUUUUGUUUGUGGAGAACAACACUCACACGUGGUCAACAAGAUGGGAUUAUAUUCUGGACUCCAUGCCACACACUUCGAUACAGUGGUUUAGCAUUGUGAACAGCAUUGUGAUCGUUCUCUUUCUCUCUGGAAUGUUGGCAAUGAUCCUAAUGAGAACACUACACAAAGAUCUGGCAAGAUACAACCAAGAAUCUGCCGAAGAUGUUCAGGAAGAGUUUGGAUGGAAACUUGUUCAUGGGGAUGUCUUUCGUCCGCCGUCUUGUGGAAUGUUGCUGUCGGUGUGUUUGGGCAGCGGAGUCCAGAUAGCCAUGAUAGCUAUGGUGACAAUAUUUUUUGGAGGACUUGGCUUCUUGUCUCCUGCAAAUCGCGGUGCUUUCCUGACCACAUCUCUGGUAUUGUUUGUUUUUCUGGGUUCACCAGCCGGGUUUAUAUCAGCAAGGAUUUACAAGAUGUUUGGUGGAGAGAAAUGGAAAAGCAACAUGUUGUUUACAGCAUUCUUGAUGCCAGGGAUUGCGUUUGGGCUGUUCUUUUUUCUGAAUCUUAUUUUGUGGGGAGAGGGUUCUUCGUCGGCUGUUCCGUUUACUACUCUACUGGCUCUUUUGUUUAUGUGGUUUGGCAUUUCUGUGCCACUUACGUUUGUUGGAUCAUACCUUGGAUUCAAACGAAGGGUAAUUGAAAAUCCGGUCAGGACUAACCAGAUACCAAGACAGAUUCCAGAACAGGUGGUGUACACACGUGCUCCCUUUGCUAUCUUGAUGGGAGGCAUCCUUCCAUUUGGAUGCAUCUUUAUUCAGUGCUAUUUCAUCUUCAGCAGCAUUUGGUCGCAUCAGAUCUUCUACAUGUUUGGAUUUAUGUUGCUCAUUCUCAUCAUCUUGGCCGUCACGUGCUCUGAGACAGCCAUCCUUCUGUGUUAUUUCCACCUAUGUGGAGAGGACUAUCAUUGGUGGUGGAGAUCAUUUCUUACGACGGGCAGCACAGCCUUUUAUCUCUUCUUGUACUCUUUGUACUACAUGCACACUCAAUUGAGGCUGGAAGGCACUGCAAGUCAUAUGCUCUUCUUUGGCUACACUCUCCUUAUUGUCAUGUUUUUCUUUCUUUUCACUGGUACAAUAGGAUUUUUUGCUUCAUUCUGGUUUGUCAGGAAAGUCUACUCAGUCGUCAAGAUAGAUUGACAUGACUGUGACAUGAAGUAGUAAGUAGUAAUUAACAGUUGCAGUAGAAUGAGCAACAGCCAUUGUUGUGUGGAUGAGUGAGUGCAUUGCUGGGAACAUGGUGUGUGUGUAUUUGUUGCCGUUAUGAAGCAUUCGAUCAUAUGG